AUGCUGUGCCCGCUGCCGUUUGCUCGUCGCUGGGCCAUUCUCUCCAAACGAACCACUCUCAGCCUUCCUAGCUCAACAAUACGCAGACAAGCAUCAUCACACGAGGCCUACAAACCACGACUGACGCAGACCUACGAGAUCCCGAGGAUCGGGAAGAUCAAGCUCUCGCUGGAAUCCGAUUCGACCCUUGGAAUAGCCCAGUCACGCGGCGAAAGACCCUACCAGGAGGACUACUUCACUGUCGCUAGUCUGCAUCUCAACCAUUCAGAACUCACUAAGACUGCCAAGAAGGCUGAGCACUACCAAAAACUCAUCGCCAAUAAUCAAGCAAAAUAUCGCACCCGGAGAAGGGUCGAGGAUCAUCAGGAAGAGAGAGGCGGCGGAGCAGCAAGUGACCAAAAAAACGCCAAGGAGUUUCAGAGUCUGUUCGUAGGCGUCAUCGAUGGUCAUGGCGGAACUGACUCGGCCGAAUACUUGUCCAAGAACCUCUCGAGAAUCAUCGAGGAAUCUCAGCCGAGCGAUAUCCCCAAGGUGAUCAGAAAGUACCGAUCGAUCGGAGGAUAUUUCAGAAGGUUCAGGGGAGGAUUUUUAGAGGAGAUCGCGCAGGAAGUCUAUGACCCCCCUCCGACACCAGACGAUGGUAAGACUGCACGCAAGGAAGGAGCACAAGAUGAGAAAAAACAGCCACCGGUCAUGGGGGUCGACGAACGACUGUCGCUCAGCUUCUUAUUGGCCGACCAACAGCUAAUCACCAGCUUCCCAAAAUCGGGCGCAGUGACGACGACGGUGAUCUUGACACCUUUACCGGUCGAGAGUGAGGAUUCCAAAUCGACCAUAUAUCCGUACUUCAGUUCCCCACUCCUUUCCCUCAUCGUCGGCCAUCUCGGCGAUACUGCCGGACUGCUCUGUUCGGCCAUCGACGGCAAAGUCGUGCCCUUGACCGAAAAUCAUCAUCCCGACUCACGAGUCGAAUCCGAGAGGUUACGCAGGAUCGGGACCGGUUUGAUCACCGAUAGCUUCGGCGAAUCUCGCUGGGGCGGCAGUCUCGCUAAUUCUCGCGGCCUGGGCGACGCUAGCUUCAAAUCCUUGGGCGUCACUGGCGAACCGGACAUUGUCAACCGAAUCAUCAAUGGCGAAGAUUGGGAAUUUUUGGUCCUAGUUUCCGAUGGGAUCUCGAACGUGAUCACGAAUCAAGAAAUUAUCGACCUAUGCAAACGAACUAAAACACCGACUGAAGCAGCAAAAAAGGUGGUCGAGUUUGCCGAAACUCUAGGAGGGAGAGAUAAUAUGACGGCGAUCGUGAUUCCUUUGUUAGGUUGGGGUAAUAAACAUACUAAAGAUUUCACUCUCGAGAGGAGAGAGUUCAGGAUGAAACAAAUCAGCUCAGCCACCGGCUCUGGCCGUCAGAAAAGGAUGUAG